AUGUUUCAUAUAAGAAUGUUAAAAAAGAUUCUACAAAAAGCUGAUCCAGAACUUUUAAAUACAUUUAUAUAAGCUUUAAUUGCACGUAUUAUAAUUAGAAUAAUGCAUAAAACUUUUAUUGCUUUAAAAUAUUUAAAUUUACCAAUUUCAGAAAAUGAUUAUUAAAUCACAUAAGAAAUAAGUGAAUAUUUUUAAUAAUAUGACCCGAAAAUAAUAGGAAAUUCAGCUCUUAAUAAUACUACUUUUAUAGGAGAAAGUAGUUGUUUAGUAGAUGAUACUAUGAUUACUUAAAAAUAUUAUAUUUAUUGA